AUGGCAGCCGAGCAAUAUAAAGAUUAUUGGAAGGGAUAUACGGAUGGGCACAAGGGUGCAGCUCACGCAAAAAACCAGCCUUGGUAUUUAUAUAGAAAUUUCAGAGGCCCAGUGCAAACAGUUGUACCAGAGCCUAAUUCCCUCAUCCGUGAACGAGCAAAGCUAUUGGAAAAUAUUAAUUUGUAUAAGUGAUAAUUAUUAUAAUAAAAUAUUUAGCUAAUUCUGUUUAAUUUUUAACAGCAUAAAUUCUUCAAAUUAAAUUAUUUUUAUCUUACUCCCCCCCCCCCUCCGUGAGUGAACAAAACCAUUAGAAAAAUCGCUAUUUUUUGCCCAAAAACCACCCUCCGUGAGUGAACAAAAAUUUUUUUAAUAGAAAAAUUUUUUAUGGAAAAAAAAUUUGAUAUAUAAAUGAUAAUUAUUAUAAUGAAAUCUAGAGCUAAUUCUGUUUAAUUUUAAACGAAUUGCUUUUUAAAACAUAAAUUUUAUAAAUUAAAUUAAUAUUUGCUUUCCAAUUUUUGCGAAUUAGGAUUUUUUUAAAUUUCGAAAAAAAAUAUUUUUUAGAAAAUUUAUUUAUAAAUUUUUUAAAACAAAAAAAAAUUAACCCCCCUCCGUGAGUGAACAAAAUUUUUUUGUUCACUCACGGAGGGGGGGGGGGAGUUAACAAAAAUUUCAAAAAAAAAGCUCACCCUCUUUGUAAGCGAAAAAAUUAUUUUGGUUGCUACGGAAGAGAGAGUAAGAGACAACCCCAAGUUUACAAUCGUUGGACUAAUGAUGCUCGCACCAAGGCAGCCUUAAGAUGGUGUGGCAAAUGGCUUUUCGCUACUAGAAAGCAGCGUCUAUUUAUGGUGAUUCUUGCCGCUUUUACUGUUGAAAAGGUAGAUACUUGGAUCCUUCAUUCAAUAACAAGAUACAACAACUUGGAAUGCACAAUGGAAUAUGCAUAUAAGAAAGAAAGAGAAUGGAAAGAGCACCUUGAAGCUGAAAAGGCUAGAAGAAGAGCCUUAGGCCUUCCUGAAGAUGGUGAGGAAGAAGAAGUUGAGGAAUCAGAAGAAUAG